CUGCUCAUUUAUUAUUACAAGAUUUAACAGAUAGUACAAGUAAUAAUGAAAAUAGCAAUAGUAGUGAAGAAUUGGAAAAUGAUUUAGCAAUUCUUCCUAUUAAUACAAAAAGUACAGAAAUAAAACAAGAUAUAAAUAUAUUACAAAUAAUAGAAACAGAAAAUUCUGAAUUAUCUGUUUAUGCAGUAAUAGAUAUUAUUGAUGGAGAAAUAAAAUGUUGUGAAGAAAAAGAUAAUUUACAUAAAUUAUGGAAAUUAACUGGAAUGUGGCAAUUAGAUAAAUUUAUAGUUGAAAGUGUAGGAAAGAUUUAA